CACUCUCUCUCUCUCUGUCCACUGAUGUUGCCUGGUCGGUUGAGUGCGGCAUUUUCUAUUUUUCUUGUUGCCAAUCUUUAUUUUCAAUUCAGGCCCAAGAAGAUAUUGUAUCAAAAUCUCAGUGGUCUCAAAGUUUCGGCAGGAUGCAUUCUUCUCCAGGUCUGCAGCUCUGCAUUUCCGCCAGGGGGAACGCUGCUGCGCGUCCGUUCGGCGGCCGGGCCCCGUCAACGGGGGAAUGAUUUAACCGCUGAAAACGGAAGUGUGGCGCUUGUCCUUCAGAGCGAGAUGGCGGCCGCGAGUGAGGCGGAGCGGGCAGUGCUGGAAGAAGAAUUUAAAUGGUUAUUGCGUGAAGAGGUUCAUGCUGUCCUGAAACAGCUGAAAGAUAUUCUUAAGGAGGCCUCCCGGCGCUUUACUCUGUCGCCUUCUGGAUCUGAAUGUCAAACCCGACAGGAAAACUUCAAACUGGGAAGCUCAGCCACAGAUCAGGUGAAGGGUGUCCUGACGUUACAAGGAGACGCGUUGACUCAAGCGGAUAUUAACCUGAGGCUGCCUAAACACAACCAGGUUCUGCAUUGUACGUUUAGGGAGGACAAACAGUGGAAAAUGCAGCAGAUUCAGGAUGCCAGGAAUCAUGUAGGUCAAGCUCUGUAUCUACUAAACAGCAGAGAUCAAGCAUACCAGUUUAAGAGUGGGGCAGAGGUCAACAAGCUUAUGGAUGCAGUAAUGUUGCAGCUAACCCGUGCUCGCAAUAGACUCACUACUCCUGCAGCUAUGACACUCCCGGAAGUAGCCUCAAGCAGUUUAAUGAAAAUGUUCACACCAUCUCUUCCUGGUGACGUCUUUGCCAACUUCUACAUUAAUCUGAGCAAACUUUGUUUGAUUGUCUACCAGCUCCAUCUUCUGCAGCCCAACUUGAAUAAGAACUUCAAACCCGCUGGAAGCUCUGUGCUUCACAACCCAGGAUCCAUGUUUGAGAUUAAUAACCAGAAAUUUGAAGUUAGCCAUGUUCACAAAGUGGAAUGUGUGGUCCCCUGGCUAAAUGAUACGCUUGUUUUCUUUACCAUUGCUCUACAGCUUUGUCAGCAACUGAAGGAUAAGAUUUCUGUUUUUUCCAAUUACUGGAACUUCAAGCCCUACUGAUCCUGAUCAGUUUGCACUUUGUGCCUACUUACUGUUGCAGCUCCCAGUCUGUUAACUGUAAAUGCUGUGUCUGUGAAUGUUUUGAUCAAUAAGUUACACUUGGUGCACUUUUCUCACCCACCUUUGCCACAUGUUUUUAAUGAGUUGGAUCCCUUGUGGACCCUGGCCUGAUGAUGAUUGGAAAUAUCACCAGAUGGUGAAAUUCAGAUGUUUUCCUCAAAGCAUUAGGCUUUAUGGCAUGGGCUGAUUUUCAACUGCUGAAGGAUGGUAAUACAUUCAUUUAAGUAGAAUAAUUUGUGUAGAAUUUUACAGAUUUUGUUCAAGUUCUGGGCUAUGAGGAAUGAAGAAGGGAAAGUUGCCUCUUCACAAAGCUCAAUUUUCAACCACUGAAACUAAUACUUUUGAAUUACAGGGAGCUAUUAGAACAAAAACUAUACAUUUAUACCUCUUUUGGGUCAGUCAAAUAUUUUUGAACUGCAGUAUCUUUUUGAGACCGCUAAUGUCUUCAUCAAGAUGAAAUGGAAAGUUAGAAUUAUAGUUUAAUUUUAAACGCAUCAUGCUUACUCUACAUUUGUAUGGCACUGGUAGUUUUGUGUUUGUGCUGGUCAUAACUUAAUCAGAUCCUGAAGUUUUGUUUAUCUUAAUGACAAAUGUUACACCUGAAUUUAGAUUAUUCUUAUGUUAGGAUUUCUGUAAUCUGGGGAGUGUGCAUUUAUUCUGUUUAGGGACUUAGCAACUUAGAAGGAACAAAAAUAAAAAAAGCACUGACCACCACCUUCAUUGCCCAGAUAAUAGACUUCUCGGAUAUGCUAUACUAGGUGAAAUGAUGUAGCUCGUGGAAUAAUGCAUUGCAAAAAUAUUUGAUUGGGAGCUUUUUAUGCAGUCAAAUAGUAAGUACAUUAUGGUCAGUUGUGUAUGUGUUUAUAUGGAGUCUUGUGGAUAUGAACAUUUUGACCACUGAAAUAUUGGAUUUUAAACUGCCUAGUUAAUGUAAAAGUUUAAUUUAGGACACUAAUUAACAAAGAACAGUGGAACUAUAUUUAAUAUGCAUUUCUAUAAAGAGGGACAUUUGCUGGAAAUUUUACCUGUUCCAUUAAUUCAGCAGGCAUAGUUUCAUGCAUGUAGGAAGCUUUGGAAUGGAGUAUGCACAAGGUGAUUUUAAACAAUAUGAUAAAGCUCCCAAAUGCAGGUCAUAAAUGAGGUGCAAUUUUGCAUUUCAACUGGAUAAUUUUUUAGAUAAACUGAGUGUGUACCCAUGUAUCAUUACCAAUGUUACUAUUUCUGUUUGCACCAUAUUUAGACAUUUGUCCUUGUGGCAAGGUGAGACAAUUGAUUUUUCUAUUGCUUGCAUAGAGGAAUCUAGGAAUUGGCACUGUUUCAACAUUGCCAUUCAUGAUGCUGCUAUUUUUAGGACCCUGGUAUUAUAUUUUAAUAGAUGUUAGCAUGUAGAGGAGCAUUGGUUUUCCUUUAAAACUUGCUCUAAUUAUGCAAGUACUGGACCCCACCAUCAUUUGGUUUUUUAAAAAGGUAUCAAAAUUGACAUUUUCAGUUGAGGAAUAUGUUCCAGAGUUUGAUCUUUCCUGUGAAGAUUGAAUUCUUUUUCAGUGUAAUAAAUAUGUAAAGGACUCAGUUUAUAAAAAAAAGUUAUGAAUAUAUUUUUCGAAUUGUACUGUGAUCAUUUUCAGUUCCAGCACUGUUAGGUUGAGCAUUGUUCAAAUUGUCUAACUUUUCAACCAAAUAAGGUGGUCCUCUUCAAACCAUUUUAUUUUCUGUUCUCAUAAUUGCUGCGACCUGUUCCAUGAUGUUCAGGCCUACAUUGCUUGUUUAGUUGCUGAAUGCCUCUCGAAGUUUUUUUUUAGGAAUAAGAUGCAACAUUUUAGAGCCUUGAAGUAAAGAAACAGAAAAUUCUGCAAACACUCAGCAGCUCAGGCAGCGUCUGGGGAUAGAACAAAAUAGAGUUAACAUUUCAGGUCAGAGAACCUGACGGAUAUUGAUUCUCUACCUCUUUCCAGAGAUAAUGCCUGCCCUGCUGAGCGUUUCCUGCAUUUUUUUUAAAUUUCAGAUUUCCAAUAACUUCAGUUCCUAUUCAUUUCAGAGCAUUGUACUACAUUCAGCCGUAUUCCUGAAUUUGCACAUUCCUAAACAUAACACGCUCUAAUGCUUUAAAUUCUCACUUUAAAUAUAACACAUCUCAAUAAAUUAUUGUUCAUUGCAAAUAUCUGCCCUUUUGCUGCUUGUUGCCUUGGUCUCUGGAAGUUCUGCAUGUAGCUUGCUGUGUUUCACUAGCACCGAGGACAAGCCCUGAUGAAGGGUCUCGACCCAAAACGUUGACUGUGUAUUUCCCUCCAUAAAUGCUGCCUGACCUGCUGAGUUCCUCGGGCAUUUUGUGUGUGUUGCUCCAGAUUCCAGCAUCUGCAGAAUCUGUUGUGUCUUCAUCUUUCACUUCCUUACCUGGUUUGCUGAUGUAAAGAAAGCCAGGUUUCUCGUUUAAAAAUAACUAAAAUCCAGCUUAAGUACAUCAAGCAUGCAGAUUCCUUGUUACUUGUGAAACUGUCCAUUGUCAUGCAUAUUGAAGUUAGUAGCUGAGAGAGGGUAUUGGAUAGGUCAGUUAGAUUUCAUUCAAAGUUAAGUAAAGCAGAACGGAUAAGCUUGUAGGGAAAAAAAAAGUGAUGUCUUCCAGUAUCAUGUAAUAUGAAUAUAGUCACUUAAGUGUAGUUAUUUUGUUAAUGUUCCUGUGAUCAGCUUUCAAAGAGAACAUUUUGAUAUCUGCUACAUGUGUAAUAAUGUAACUGGGAUCAAUUAUACAUUUUAUGGAUUGUUAAAUUAUUCAGAGUAUAAUGUGGACCAAUCAAAACAUUCAGAUUGUAUCUGCAAUAAAGUACUGAUUUCAAAGAA